CCUCCCCUCCCCUCCCCGGCCUCACGGGCCUUGCCUGAGGGGCGCAGGCGCUGGGGAUGCGACGGGGCCGUCGUGUGCGUGCCCCUCGCGGGGGAGAGCGCGCGCUAGCAGUGGCCGCGGCAUUGGCGGCGGGGCUGGGGGCGCUAGGCUUGUUGUUGCUGUGGCAACGGGGCCCUCCCGACUCGGAGCCGGGCCCAGGCGGCGGCGCGGCGGUGUUUGUCCCCUCUUCUUCUCCUGCGUUGUCCCCGCGCCUCCUCCGCCGGCCCGUGUACGAGAAGCCGCCGCUGGGCCGGGAGACGGAGCUGGGCGAGUUGGGCCGGGCGGCGCGACUGGAGCUGAGCGAGUCGGAACUGCGGAGGCAGGAGGAGAGCGUGGCCCUCCACCAGAUCAACGUCUACCUCAGCGACCGCAUCUCCCUCCACCGCCGCCUCCCCGAGCGCCGCCACCCGCAAUGUACAGAGAAGAGAUACGAUUAUUAUAACUUACCAAAGACUUCAGUUAUAAUAGCCUUUUAUAACGAGGCAUGGUCAACACUUCUUAGAACAGUUCAUAGUGUUCUUGAGACAUCUCCUGAUAUACUUUUAGAAGAAAUUAUCCUUGUAGAUGAUUACAGUGAUAAAGAACACUUAAAGGAGAAAUUGGAAAACUAUGUGGCAAAUUUGCGCAAGGUACGGCUUAUCAGAGCUAAUAAGAGAGAAGGCCUGGUUCGAGCAAGAUUAUUGGGAGCUUCUAUAGCUAAAGGAGAUGUUCUUACAUUUCUCGAUUGUCAUUGUGAAUGCCAUGAAGAAUGGCUUGAACCAUUACUGGAAAGAAUUAAAGAAGAACCAUCUGCUGUUGUCUGUCCUGUGAUUGAUGUGAUUGACUGGAAUACUUUUGAAUACUUGGGAAAUGCUGGGGAACCCCAGAUUGGUGGCUUUGACUGGAGACUGGUCUUCACUUGGCAUGUCGUGCCUGAGAGGGAACAAAAACAAAGAAGAUCUAAGACUGAUGUCAUCAGGUCUCCAACUAUGGCUGGUGGACUCUUUGCAGUCAACAAGAAUUACUUUAGUUAUCUUGGCUCUUAUGACACAGGGAUGGAAGUCUGGGGAGGAGAAAACCUUGAAUUUUCAUUUAGGAUCUGGCAAUGUGGAGGAAGUCUUGAAAUUCAUCCUUGUUCUCAUGUAGGGCAUGUUUUCCCUAAGCAAGCUCCCUAUUCACGGGCAAAGGCUUUGGCUAACUCUGUUCGUGCUGCAGAAGUGUGGAUGGAUUCAUACAAAGAGCUUUAUUACCACAGAAAUCCACACGCACGCAUGGAACCAUAUGGAGAUGUGACAGAAAGAAGACUUCUUCGAGAAAAGCUGAAAUGCAAGGACUUUAAAUGGUACUUGGACAAUAUUUACCCUGAACUCCAUGUGCCAGAGGAUAGGCUUGGCUACUUUGGGAUGCUAAAGAAUAAAGGAAUGGCAAAUUUUUGCUUUGACUACAAUCCUCCCAAUGAACAUGACAUAACGGGACAUGUGGUCAUUUUAUAUCCAUGUCAUGGAAUGGGGCAAAAUCAGUUUUUUGAAUACACCUCCUACCAUGAAAUACGUUAUAAUACACGACACCCUGAAGCCUGUGCAGCAGUUGAUCCAGGAACUGAUUAUUUGAAAAUGUAUCUAUGCCAAGAUGAUAUUCAGAAAAUUCCUGAAAACCAAAAAUUUAUGCUUAGAGAGGAUGGGACAUUAGUGCACAUGCAGACCCUAAAGUGCCUACAAGCUGAAUCCAAUGCCUACAAUGGCAAUCCAGCACCAGUAUUGCGACCAUGUUCCAAUUCAGAAUACCAGAAAUGGUUUUUCAAAGAAAAACGUUGAUAUAGAAAUUCUUUUUCGUGGUUGAUUGAGAUCAUCUUUGGAAGCAAGAAAAUCUCUUAUAUCCAAAAGAAGUAUAAUUCCUGCCCCCCCCCCCCCAAUUUGUAUUAGCAAUUGUUUUAGUUGAAGUGCUUGAACAUCUGCACAUGAUUUUGAUACUAUAUACAUUUUCCUUGUUUUUCCCCAAAGACCAAAUAUUUUUAUAAUCCUAUUGGAAAUCAAAAUGGAAUGAAAGCAGUUGCACUAACAUUUGACAAUAACUCAGAUAUUUAUUUUUUUUAACUGAAACAUUUUGCUUUGGUGCCUUUCUAGGAAACACUGAAAUAAAUAUAUAAAAUUAGAACAAA